AUGCCGUCCGCUCUUUUGGUGACUUUUGCACAGUCCACCGUGCUGAAUGCCAUUUCUAAUAUCCUCGCGCAAUUGAUCGAUCAGCGCAAAAGUACCACUCCUUUCACUCUCAACACACUCGCGCUUCUGCAAUUCAUCACAUAUGGGAUUCUCAUCGUCCCCAUCAACUUCUACUGGCAACGCGCCUUGGAAACCCGCUAUCCGGGGUUUCCCUCACGCGCCGAACUCAUCCGCGCGUGGCGUUCCUGGCCUGCUGUCUUUUCCCGAUCUACUCUGCGCGCCAUGUCCCCCUUGUCUCUCUUUUCCUCAAGAUCGUCUGCACCACGAAUCAACGUGGAUGCCUUCUUGCCCCGACACAGGGAGAAACUCAAGGAAAAAGAUGGGUAUGAACACGACUAUGACAGUCGAUAUUGGUCGCCCAGGUCAUCACAGACGAAGCGAUCCGGACUGCAUAGCUUUAUGAUGAAGUUUUUGCUGGAUCAGACGGUGGCUGGAGUGAUGAAUAUUGUGCUCUUUGUCGUGUUGAUUAAUUUCCUAAAGGGGGCGGCGUUGAGGACAGUUUGGGAACUGGUUGUUUUGGAUUUCGCCCCCAUCAUGAUCGCGCGGCUCAAAUAUCGACCUGUGGUCUCGACCCUGAUGUAUACGGUCAUUCCAGUCGAUCGACGGGUCGUCUUCGGCAGCGCAUGCGGUGUCAUAUGGGGAGUUUAUCUGAGUUUGUAUGCUGUUGUUUGA